CCCACAAACGCAUACUUCUAGGAGAUGACAGAGCGGUUACUAUCUGGCUUUUAUAGACGAAUCUAAAGCUUCAUUAAAGUUUAUUGCGCCAGAAUCUGAGCUGAGCCGAGACGAGACUUGCCUAUGGUUCAGAUUGUGGUGGUUCUGUAAAGUUUUUUCUGGAUAUCACAAGCAGAUGUUGACCAACAAUUUUGUGAAAGUCAUACCAUAUAGCUGCUUGCUGAGACGUGGCGGAUACUGGACUGCUUAUUGAGAUUCAAUUCAAGUUCUGACAGACCAGCAAUUGAGUCAAAUUUAGGAACAUAUAUUAGAAAGAGCUGGUGAGAAUCACUCUCUGGAUCAGGUCAAUCAUUUCAUAUUUUCAGAUGCAAACAUCUCAGAAACACCGAAGUACAGCCAGUAUCCACAGGUUGUACCACCACCAGCCUAUGCAGGACAUUGAUCCCUCCAUUUUCCAAAUUUUGGAAAACAGUGUAUGUUCAGAUACUGGAAGCCAGGGAAACAACGUUUCCUUUCAAACCUACAAGGAAGAGUACUUCACCCUGGAAUCAUCCCCUGCCACUACUGGUUUUGUAGCCUGUGAUUCCCCUUCGGCUGGUAGUGGCUUGUCUAACAGGAGUCCAUUUUCAUCACAAGGUUCUCAAUCAUGCUUGUCUGAUCAGCGUCAUUCCCCUGACAACACUUCUGGAUCACCAAUAAGUGGGUGCUCCGUAGCUGAUGAUGGCAAUGGAUUGAGGUACAAGCUCAGGGAACUGGAAAUUUCACUGCUAGGGCCCGAAUCAGAUAUUAUUGUUGACAGCCACUAUUGUUGUUACAAGAGUGAUAUGCCAAGGUGGAAUAGGAAUCAAAUGGCUGAAAUGACCAACUUAAACCUAAAGGAUGUUCUUAUUCAUUGUGCACGUGCAAUAGCUGAAGAUGAUCUACCCACAGCAAAUGGUUUAAUGGAAGUUUUGGGGCAAAUGGUGUCAGUCUCUGGGGAGCCAAUUCAAAGAUUGGGUGCUUACAUGUUGGAAGGUCUUAGAGCAAGGUUGGAAAGAUCAGGGAGUUCAAUCUACAAAACCUUAAAAUGUGAAGUUCCAACAGGCGCAGAACUUAUGUCAUACAUGUCUGUGCUCUUUCAGAUAUGCCCAUAUUGGAGGUUUGCUUACAUGUCUGCAAAUGUCGUCAUUCGGGAAGCCUUGGAAAAUGAGCCAAGAAUCCACAUAAUUGAUUUUCAGAUUGCACAGGGCAGUCAGUGGGUGCCCCUCAUCCAAGAUCUAGCACGUCAGCCUGGUGGGCCCCCACGUAUCCGAAUCACUGGUGUUGAUGAUUCCCAAUCAGCUCAUGCUCGUGGCGGGGGACUUCAUAUCGUAGGGCAGAGGCUUUCACAGCUUGCUAAUUCAUGGAAUGUGCCAUUUGAGUUUAAUAAUGCUGCCAUGUCUGGUUGUGAGGUUGAAUUAGAAAAUCUUAGGAUUCAACCAGGUGAAGCCAUAGCUGUUAAUUUUCCAUACGUGUUGCACCACAUGCCAGAUGAGAGUGUAAGCACUCAGAAUCACAGAGAUCGAUUGCUAAGGCUGGUUAAGAGUUUAUCACCCAAAGUUAUGACACUGGUGGAGCAAGAAUCAAACACGAAUACUUCCCCAUUAUUCUCAAGGUUUGUUGAGAUGGUAGAGUAUUAUACAGCCAUGUUUGAAUCGAUUGAUGUGGCUCGCCCAAGGGAUGACAAACAGCGGAUUAGUGCAGAGAUGCACUGUGUGGCUAGAGACAUAGUGAACAUGGUUGCUUGUGAGGGGGCUGAGAGGGUGGAACGACAUGAACUUCUGGGGAAGUGGAAGUCAAGGCUAAUGAUGGAUGGGUUUACUCCAUACCCAUUGAGUCCUAAAGUGACGGAGGCUAUCAGGAGUCUGUUGAAGGAAUUUAAUGGGAAUUAUAGACUUCAAGAGGCAAAUGGGGCUCUCUACCUUGGUUGGAAGCAAAGAGCUUUGGUAACGUCUUCUGCAUGGAGGUGAAGCGGACGGCGGUGACUGCAAAACUGUAAAAUUUAUGUUUUCGUCUUGUUUUAGUUUGAGAGACUGAUUUGUGUAGUUUCUGUAGAAUCCAGACUUUUUAGCUUUCUUGCAAGAGUUCCUAGUUAUAGGCACAAACCUGAUUCUCGAAAUUUGGUGUAAAUGUUUGCCUUGCAAAGAAAGAGAAUAGCUCUCAGUUCAGUUUUACUGCAAAUUUACUUUCU